CGAAUAUAAUCAUACUCCAAACAUUAAUGGCGAUAAAGCAAUGCAUGUUUUUAGUGAUAAAGCUAGAGAAUUUCCCACAUAUGGAGUUAGAAAUAGGAGUAAUACAAUACAUACACCUUCUCUUUCAACCUGGAAUUCUGCCGGCAAACUUGUGAAGUCCCGUCCCCAUAUCUUUUCCUUCAAAUCCCACUAUGCUCAAGGUGUGUGCACACCGUGUGGUAAAAGAAUAAAGUUUGGCACACGCGUUAUGAAAUGCAAGGACUGCAAAGCGGUUUGUCAUGCCGAAUGUCACAUCCAAGUGCCCGUACCUUGCAUACCAGUGUCCAAUACACCUAAAGGCAAACAGGGACAGCACCAUUUAACAGAAUACAUUCCCGGAAAUCCUCCCUAUAUUCCUGCAAUAGUUAUACAUUGUAUAUAUGCGAUUGAGUGUCGUGGUAUGAAGGAGGUGGGAUUGUACAGGGUCCCAGGUUCGGAGAGGGAAGUCAAGGAUCUUAAAGAAAAAUUUCUCCGAGGAAAGGGGCCUCCUUGUUUGUCUAAUCUACAGGACAUAAAUGUUAUAUGUGGGUGUUUAAAAGACUUCUUAAGGAACUUGAGUGAACCCUUGAUUACUAAAGCAUUUUGGCAAGAAUUUGUUAAUGCUGCAGGUGUAAGAAAUAAGGAUCCGGUUAGUGGAACAACCCUUUUAUAUCAGCUGGUAGAAAGGUUACCUUUAGCUAAUAGAGAUACGCUAUCAUUCCUUAUGCUUCAUUUGCAAAAAGUGGCAGCAGUAAAUGAAAAUAAGAUGCCGAUAUCCAACCUAGCUACAAUAUUUGCCCCAUCCAUUGUUGGUUAUAGUUUACCCGAACCCACGCCAUACUCUGUCUUAAACGAUUAUCAUAAGCAAUCUUUGGUUGUUGAACAGCUUCUCUUAUUACCCACAUCUUUUUGGAACAAGUAUAUUGACACAGACGCCCUAGUCCCUAUUAUAAAAACGCCUCCUAGACCCAUUUCAAAAGCGAAUUUGAUCCACCCCAAUGCUAACAGAGACGAUAAUACUCCUAAUAAAAAUAAGGUUGGAUCGUCUAUCAGACUGCCGAACAAAUUUUUCACGUCGCCUAAAGUUACUACACCUUAUUAAAUCUUAUGUAAUCGUGAAUUACAUUUUGUAAUUUAUAUAUAUAUACAACCAUUUUGUUAUACGGAAA